AUGAUAGCACCAGUAGACGAACCAGGCUUAAUUUCCAUUUUAAAAAUAAAACUAAAAGGAGAAGUAUACAAAGCACUAAUAAACUCACCAAUAAAUAACAUAAAUGAUUUUAUUCAAGCAAUAAGGGUACUAUUUCCAUCUACCGAAAAUAUAUACAGCCUAUAUGCAAAAUUAAUAGAACUGACGCAAAAACCAGAUGAGACAAUACUCAGCUAUGGGAACAGACUACGAGAACUAGUAAUUCAAAUUAAAGAACUAAAAGAAAUGGAAACAGGUAUAAAUCAACAAACCAUAGAGGAUUUUGACAAGAUCAUUAAAAACGAUGCAGUAAAAAGCUUUAGAAACGGACUAAAGCAAGAAAUCAGAAUAGAAUUAAAACAAAAAGACGAUUUAAACGCCCUUAUACUGGAAGCCAUUAACUUAGAAUCAAGGUUAAAGAAACAAAACAUAUUGAGAGGCGACCCAGCAAUAUAUAUGUGUCAAAUAUGCCGAGACCCAAAUCACGAAGCUUUAUUUUGCAACAACGCGGCAUGUGUAUAUUGCAAAAAUAAAAACCACGUAUCGUUUAACUGCAAACUUGUCAAAAAUAAAAUAGAACUUAUCUGCAAAUAUUGUAACACCCAAGGACAUUCCAUCGAUGCAUGUAAAAUGAACAGAUCAAAAAGAAAUCAUUGCCAAUAUUGUCAAGUAAUCGGUCAUACAGUUAGCGAAUGCCUAUUUAUAAUUAACUAUGAAAUAUGUUGGAAAUGCAAAGAAAGUGGUCACGACCCAAAUACCUGUACAAAAUUUCCAAAAAUUACAGAACUUUGCGAACUCUGUAAUAGUAGGUAUCACACAGCUAAAAAUUGUCCAACACCUAUGUGCCAACUAUGCAAUAAAUUGGGCCACGCAAUAAAACACUGUCCAAUAAUGAAAAGCAGCGGUUUUCAAUUAAUUAUGUGUGCAAUCUGUAACGAAGAAGGCCAUAACGCAGAAGAAUGCGAAGAAGUAAAAAUCUUAGUUAACCAGAACAGAACACAACAUUAUAAUCAAGUUAAAUGCCAAAUUUGCAACCAAUUAGGUCACUCGGCACGAAACUGUUACGAAUUAAGGAACCCUCAAUGA